ACCAUUUCAACCAUGGGAAACCAGAUUGUGAAACACAAGAAUAAUUGUGAAAAUCCCUGCAAGAGCCCAGACACAAAAGCAGACAUAGAUGAACAUCGCAAACCUGAAUCCAAUGAUGACAACGAGGUAUUCGGAGAUACAGAGGCAGAUGUGAACAAGAACAAUGGAACCUCCUCUAAAACGACAGCGGUGACAGACUCCACGGGUGCAGAGGACCCACAGAAUGUUGGGAAUGAAGCCAAGUCAGCAACAGAUGCAACUUGUCGCCCACACUUGGUCCGCCUCUUUUCCCGUGAUGCACCAGGGCGGGAGGACAACACCUUCAAAGACCGACCCUCUGAGUCAGAUGAGCUUCAAACCAUCCAAGAAGACAGUGGUGUAACAUCAGAAGGCUCGGAUUUGAUGGCAACACAGAAACUGUCCUCUCACGGGCAAGGAACAAAGCAUAUGGCAACAGCUAGUACCACAGACCAAGCCAGGAUGUCCAGUAGUGCUCGUGGUAGACAAAGAGACACUGGUCUGCUUGACCAGAUUGGCAAAUUCUUUGGAGGUGAAAAAGAAGGGACCAGGAGGGGAACUGAAAAGGGAAAGGAAAUAUCUGCAUCAAGAGUUAGCCAGGUAGGUUCUUCACCCCAGAGGCAUGCUCAGGCUGGAGCUCAUGCAAGACCAGGUGAUGAAAACCCAGUAGUUCACUUCUUUAAGAAUAUAGUGACCAAAUCACCACCUCCACCACCCAAGGGGAGAGGACUGUCCCUCGCCAGAUUUAGCUGGGGAGCUGAAGGACAAAAGCCAGCUCAUGGAUCAGGUGUGAGAUCAGCAGAACACAAGUCACCCCACAAGAGCCACAAGGAUGCACAACGGGAGGGUCAGGGCACCCUUUCCAAAAUCUUUAAGAUGGGAGGCAAGGAUAGUCGAUCUGGUUCUCCAGCUUCUGCUAAACGUUAAGACUUUAAGACUGUGACACCAGAAUAUUUACAUUGCUUCAAAAUGCCCUGUCUUCUUUAAAAUAUUAAUGCAUAUGUACCAAAAUGAUUUAGAUAGACGCAGUCUGUUACUUAAUAUUGGCUGAUCCGUUGUGUCACAUAAGUAGUAUAAAACAUUAAAGGACAUUAUGAUAACCAUGAGACAAAUUUGAAGGGUACUCUUCAAACAAAUGUUAGUUUGUUUUUCAAUUUAGUUAUAGAUUUCACCCUUACAAAUUUAUUACAAAUGGUAUUGCUAUAUAGAAAACAGGCUUUCUGACUUAUGCUAUAGCUUAUGUCUGCUGCUGAAAUUACAGAUCCCUCUUUAUAACUCACAAUUAAGCUUGUCAUAAAUAAAGGUUCAUCAUAUCAGGUAAUAACAGACAGCCAGAGCAAAUACAGGUUGUGGACUUAUGACCUUGUUAUCAUAUAGACUUCUUCCCAAAUUAAGGAGUUGGUAAGGUACAGAGAAAUUUGUUAUGUAAUGCAAGCAUUUUAUCUCUCAGUUUUGCCCAUGGUCUCACUGACUCUUUCAUAUUUCUAUAUAUUUUUUCUUUACAAUUAUGACAGACUAUAAUAUAAACAUGCAGCUUGCAAAUGUGUUAUGUCUCUUAUUUUGUACUUUUUUUUUCUGAAGCAAAAUGCCUCUCUUACCUCUGUACAAGUACAAACAUUUGCAACAUUUCCUUAUGAUCAAAUGAAACACUAAUAGCACCAUACAUUCUAUUUUAGCUUUAUUUCAUUCCUAUAAUUUCCCUUUAUGCAAGCAUUAUCAGCCUUUGUUGUAAUGACUGGUCACAGUGUUAAUAUUACUUUUAUAUGCCACAAUCUCUACCAUAUAGGUACUCAAAAUAAUUAUUCAGAAUUUAUUUACAUGAUCUUUAUCAGUACAUCACAACAAAACCUAAACAGACACGUCAGCAAGCAGCAUUUUUCCCAAACAGAAACCUGCUUAUUUAUAAAAGUAGUAAUCAGUUCAGCAAUGUGUCUGUGUCAUGACUAUGGCAUUGUGUUGCUUGGAAUCUUUUACAGUAUUUAUUUGGGGGUGGGAGGUGGAAUACAAUGUACUGAAGUGAUGCAUGCAGUUUAAGUUUUCUUAUAAGACCCCAGAUAGUAACAUGCAAUGACAGUAUGCAAAGGCAAAACUGCUUUUAAACCUGUGAACAUUCCAUUAAUGGCAUGCUUAUAAAUCCAUUUCAGAGGAAUGAUUUGCUAUUUAUUAAUACACUAUUCCCACAGAUACUACUUAAUACAUAUCCUAUGACUCUGGGACUUUUUAGCCAUAUCUAAAAAGAAUGCUCUUCUGAAUUGCACUGUUUUUUUCAUAAAAAUGUUUUAUUUAAAUUAUUAAUAUUUAACAGCUCAUUUUAGUUGUUUAUAGAAAGAGUAAAAUAUGUAUAAAUUACACAAUGUUUUAUUAAAGCACUUUUACUAAACUAACAGGGCAUUUGUAGGCUUUAGCAUGUGAUAAACAACAAAACCGAUGUGCAACAACCUAAGAAAACUGAGCUUGAAAAGAUGCUGCUACAGCAGUAAUGCAUUUUGCUAAUUGAUUGUGAUAUUAAUUCUGGUGUUAAGGCUAAAGGAGAGAAAACAGCAAAAGAAAAAAAGAAAAAAAAACUGUGAUUACUGUCAAGUGCAACAUCCCAUGAUACAGAAUUUCACAAUGUACAAUAAGUAUUAAGUCAUUUUAUUUGUGGUACCACUGUCUCUAAAUGGGUACACGACAAAGCUUCUAAGUAUUGUCUCUGUUGUGAAAAAUAAACAAUAAAAAGGUUACUAUAACUUUCUUCAGAGUUGUCAGUUAUGUUAUAUAUAGCUUUAUAAAGUUUUGUCAUUUUGCGGUUGUAGGAAUGUGGUGUAGCUACGUCACUAGUGGCAAUAAGACACAAUAGCAGGAGUUGUAUGCAUGAAAUGAGAAGCUUAAUUUUAUUUAUUUAUUAAUUUUUUUUUUACAUUUGUUGACAGGGUAUGUUCUCCAUUCCAAAGAUUCUUUUCAGGCACAACCUGGGGAUAUUACACAAUCAUUACAAAAAUGAAUAAAGUAAUUAUAAAGGAUAGAUUAUACAGAUUUAAUUAACAUUACAGUAUAAUGAUUCUCCAUAUGAAUAUAUUUCAAUAUCAAGUUACAUACAAUUACUUUCAGUGCAGUAAUAAGAAAGUAAUAUCAAUUUGAAUCAGUAGAUAAUGUGGUAAUCGGUAUAGUAGUAGCAAAACUAAGAUAUCAGAAAAGUAGAAGAAAGGCAUAGGGUUAAUGUGAUUUAUAAGAAAAAAAGUUUAUUACAGUAGAGAAUUAUAAUAAGGGCUACAAUAAAUAUAUAAACCCUGAGAAUAUUUGUACGGUGAUAGAAAGACGAGGGAUUAGCCUUACAGGUAUACAUGAAUGUACAUGUCUGGACUGAAGGUUCUCCUGGGGUGCUUUAUUGGCAAGUGAGAGUGUAUAGCAGAAGGUGAGUAUUUGUUUUAGGGUGUAAUGAUUAGCUGGGUGGAUCAUAGCAGUUGCACUGAAAAAUUAAUGUUUAGUCUUCAUGCAGAGUUGGUCUCUCUGGUCAAGAUACAGUUCCCAUGCACCUAAAAUACAAAGUAUGGCAUCCCCUUCUUCAUCACUUACAUAUGUAUCCUACAUCAUGCACUGAUGUGCCUGCUAUGGACUUUUUCCCUAAAGGGGGAAGACCAGCCUCUGACGAUAGGAUUGCCAUGUUUUCAGAUUCCCAAAGUGGGAGAUUUAUUUUAUAAAAAAAAAGGUAUAAUUUUCAGGACAAACUAUGCCCACACCUAGUGCAAAGAAGGAGAUUUUGCCUUUUUAUCCAAAUUAAAUUCCACUUUUAUUGAAUUUGGUUAAUUUCUGCUUUUUAUAUCAUAUUAAGUUGUUUAAGAUACAACAUAAGUGUUUUAUUGUGGUGUCAAGUUCUGACAGCCAGUUAGAGCCAAUAAAGUAAGGAAGUAAGGACUUAUAAUUAAAUAUGCGCGUGUGUGUGUGUAUAUAUAUAUAUAUAUAUAUAUAUAUAUAUAUAUAUAUAUAUAUAUAUAUAUAUAUAUAAACAUGGCUUAGAAAUAAGAAAGACAGCAAUUUGAAAAUGAAAAUAUGUUAUGCCCCCCAUUUUGUAGAUUUUUCUGCAGCUAAAUGCCUCUCAUACCCAUACAAGUAUAAACAUUACCAACUCUUCCUCAUGAGCAAACCAAACACAUAAUGCUUCAUUUACUGUAUCUUUUUAAUUUCAUUCCUAAAAUUUGCUUUGUGCAACGAUGUGAGCCUUUGUCUUAAGGCCCAGUGCAACAUUAAAUUACUGUGUAUACCAUACUCUCGACCACGCAGGUACUCAUUAUACAGAAAAACAUAAUUAUUUUUCUUUUUUUGUAUUAUCUUUGACAGUAUACAACAGUGAAAAUUAAAUGAAUCCAUGGGCAGGCAGUUUUUUUUUAUUAUUAUCUUAAACUGACAGAAACUUGCUUGUUUGUAAAAAUAAAUAACAGUCAACUCAUCUAUAGUCCUGAGUCAUGGCUCUGGCAAUUUGUCUGUAGGAACCAUUUACUGUAAUUUUUUUAGGGGUGGGGUGGUUGAGGAAUACUAUGCACAGUGAUGAUGCAUGCAGUUUCCAUUUCCUUAUAGGACCCCCAUAUAGUACGAAGCACAUAAUGAUAGUAUGCAAAUUCAAAAUUGCUAUUUACCUAUGUUAACAUUCCAUUAAUAAUGUGUACUUAUUAAUUUACUACAAUAUCUUAAAUAUCCCCACAAUUACUAAUAAUUGUGAUAUUACUCUGGGACUUUUUUAGCCAUUUUCAAAAAAAAAAUACUCUUCUGAAAUGCACUUUUUCCUCAUAAAAAUGUUUAAUUUGUUGUCAUAAAAAUGUUUUAUUGAAACUAUUAAUUUUUAACAGUUCAUUCGGUUGUUAAAAAGUAAACAUCUGUGGAUAUUUCUUAAUGUUUUACUAGAGCACUUUUGCUAAACUAAGAGCAUUUAUAGGGUUUAGUGUGUGAUAAGAUAAAGAAUAUGGUCAGUGUGCUACAAGUUAAGAAAAACUGAGCUUGAAAAUAUGCUGCUACAGCCGUAAUGUAUUUUGCUAAUUUUUUGCUUGUGCUUUUAAUGCUGGUGUUAAAGGACAAAAAUCAGCAGAAACUGUGAUCAUUGUCAAGUGCAACAAACCAUUAUACAGAAUUUUGCAAUGUGCGAUAAGCUUCAAGUCAUUUGAUUUGUGGUACCACUGCUUCUAAAUGGGUAUACAACAACGCUUCUAUGUGCUAUAUCUGUUGUUAAAAAUAAACAAUAAAAUGUUAAUGUACAACUUC